AUGGAGUUUGAACUUUUUGACAUGUACGGGCGAAAAGAAAAAAAAUUAGCUGUUGAUCAAAGAACGUUGGACAUAAGCAGUGAUCUAGAGAUCUGGGACCACCGACUAAAAGAAAUUGAGAUGAUGCUACGGAAUCUGGUGACCAAAAGGGCUUCACAGAUACUGUCGAAGCAAAGUCUGGCAACAAGAUACAUUUCUUCAAGCUCCAUAUUAUUAGCUAAAUAUGAUAAAAGUUCAUUAUAUAGGAAACCAACAGACAGAGUUAAAAAAGUGAAAACUCCAGAAGAAGCUGCAAAGCUUCAAAUAGAGGAAGAUUUGAAAUCAGAUUCAUGGAUCGUUAGAUGGGGUGCUAAAACUAGAACUAAAGAAUUUCAAAAAAAUAUGACUUGGUAUUAUGUUGUUUGUUAUAUCUUAUUUUUAGUAUUUGGUUAUAAAUAUAUGAGUGGUGUUUUCAGUAAGGAAAAACAAGUUGAAGAAAUUGGUAAAAAACAAUUGGAAAACAUAGCAAGUGAAUAUGAUUUAUUAAAAUUAAAAGAAUUAACUGGGAAAUUAAGAAGAAGAGAUGAAUUAAAAUUAGAAGAAUAUGAAAAAUUGAAAAAUCAAGGUAUUGAAGAUUUAUCAGAUGUUAAAGUUGAUAUUGAAAGUACAAACACUUCAAAUAAAAAUAUCUUACCUGCAAGAGAUACAACUUCUUUUUAUGAUGGUAAAGCUGAAGAUUAUGAUUCUGAUAUCAAUUGGGAAGAAAAAGCUGUUUUCAUGGGUCGUAGAAGAAAAUGGUUAAUGAAACAUUGUAAUGGUGAUGUUUUAGAAGUUGCAUGUGGUACAGGUCGUAAUGUUAAAUAUUUAGAUAUGACUCAAAUUAAAUCAAUAACAUUUUUAGAUUCAUCUUCUAAAAUGAUGGAAAUUGCAAAUAAAAAAUUUAGAGAAGAAUUCCCAACUUAUAAAAAUGCUGCAUUUGUUGUUGGUAGAGCUGAAGAUCUUGUUGAUCUUGCAUCAAAUAAAUCAAAUAAAGAUGAAUUAUUAGUUAAAGAUAUUGAUGAUCAAAAAAUUAAUGUUACAGAUGCAAGUACCACUAUUAAAUAUGAUACUAUUGUGGAAGCAUUUGGUAUUUGUUCACAUGAAGAUCCAGUCAAAGCUUUGAAAAAUUUUGAAACUUUAUUAAAACCAGGUGGUAGAAUUGUCUUGUUAGAACAUGGUAGAGGUGAAUAUGAUUUCAUUAAUAAUAUUUUAGACAAUAGAGCUGAAAGAAGAUUAGAAUCUUGGGGUUGUAGAUGGAAUUUAGAUAUUGGUGAAAUUUUAGAUGAUUCUGGAUUAGAAAUUGCAGAAGAGAAAAGAACUCAUCUUGGUACAACUUGGUGUAUUGUGGCAAAGAGAAAAGAUGAUGCUAAAAAGAAGGAAGAAAUUGGUUUUGUUGAAAAAUAUAUUUCAAAAGGUUUCCAAGAUCGUUUAAAAUCAAUGACAGGUAAUGGACCAACUAAUGAUGAGCAAAAGAAAUAG